AACGUUUGCAGUUCCCUAAGGGAAAGAUCCCACCAGCCAACCCAGCUCCGCCACUGCUGCAUCCAUCCAUUCAUUUUUAUGGUCACUAACAGCCUAUCCCGGUAGUGGAAGGUGUAGAGAAGUGGGAGGCAGGAAGAGAGAUAGAGAGAGAGAGAUCCGGACACGAGAAUGGCCGAGAGAAAGAGGAACUGGAAUAAAGAAGAUGACCUGCCUGUGUAUCUAGCUAGGCCGGGCACGACAGCCCAGACACCGCGACAGAAAUACGGGGGAAUGUUCGCCUCCGUGGAGGGGGCCUAUGAGAACAAAACCAUCGACUUCGACGCCUACAGCGUGGGGAAGAAGGGGUCCCGGACCCCGCGGAGCGGCAGCCGGCACGACAUGCUGGACGGAGGGGACAACUACAGCGAGACCGCCAGCGACAUCAGCGAGAUCUCCGGCUCCGUCAUCAGCUCCCCGGGAGACCGGGAGGACAAGACCCCGGGCGUGGAGAUCAAAUACCCCAUGGGGAAGGAGCUGCUGCAGGGCCAGGACAAUGGACAGAGUGACCGACUGCUCAUUAAAGGUGGAAGAAUUAUCAAUGAUGACCAUUCCUUCUAUGCAGACCUAUACCUUGAAGAUGGACUAAUAAAGCAAAUAGGAGAGAAUCUGAUUGUCCCUGGAGGAGUCAAGACCAUAGAGGCUAAUGGGCGCAUGGUGAUUCCUGGGGGAAUAGAUGUCAACACUUAUCUACAAAAGCCCUGCCAAGGGAUGACUCCUGUUGAUGACUUCUAUCAAGGCACAAAAGCAGCUCUAGCAGGGGGCACCACCAUGAUCAUUGAUCAUGUGCUUCCAGAACCUGGGUCGAGUUUACUGACCUCCUUUGAGAAGUGGCACGAGGCAGCUGAUACCAAAUCCUGUUGUGAUUAUGCUCUCCAUGUGGACAUCACCAGCUGGUAUGAUGGGAUUCGAGAAGAACUGGAAGUACUUGUGCAAGACAAAGGUGUGAACUCUUUUCAAGUCUACAUGGCGUACAAAGAUCUCUACCAAAUGUCCGACAGCCAGCUUUAUGAAGCCUUUACCUUCCUAAAGAGUCUUGGGGCUGUUAUCCUGGUCCAUGCUGAAAAUGGAGACUUGAUAGCUCAGGAACAAAAGCGAAUUCUGGAGAUGGGAAUCACUGGACCUGAGGGACAUGCCCUGAGCAGGCCAGAAGAGCUUGAAGCAGAAGCAGUUUUCCGUGCCAUCACGAUUGCCAGUCGAAUAAACUGCCCAGUGUACAUCACCAAGGUGAUGAGUAAGAGUGCAGCUGAUAUCAUUGCACUGGCCAGGAAGAGAGGUACCCUUGUUUUUGGAGAACCCAUCACUGCCAGCUUGGGGACAGAUGGGACACAUUACUGGAGCAAAAACUGGGCCAAGGCUGCAGCUUUUGUGACCUCACCACCUCUGAGCCCUGACCCUACCACUCCAGAGCACUUAAAUUCACUCUUAGCAUGUGGGGACCUGCAGGUGACGGGAAGUGGGCAUUGCCCCUAUAGCACUGCCCAGAAAGCCCUCGGAAAGGACAACUUCACCCUGAUUCCCGAAGGGGUCAAUGGAAUUGAGGAAAGGAUGACUGUUGUCUGGGACAAGGCUGUAGCCACAGGCAAGAUGGACGAGAGCCAGUUUGUAGCUGUCACCAGCACCAAUGCUGCCAAAAUCUUUAAUCUGUAUCCAAGAAAAGGCCGGAUUGCUGUAGGAUCCGAUGCUGAUGUUGUUAUUUGGGACCCUGAUAAGGUGAAGACUGUAACAGCCAAAAGCCAUAAAUCGGCCAUUGAGUACAACAUCUUUGAAGGAAUGGAGUGCCAUGGUGCCCCACUGGUGGUCAUAAGCCAAGGGAAGAUUGUGUUUGAAGAUGGGAAUCUGCACGUCAAUAAGGGAAUGGGCCGCUUCAUCCCUCGCAAACCUUUCCCUGAAUAUCUUUACCAGCGCAUCAAAAUCAGGAACAAGGUGGGAGGACUGCAAGGAGUCUCCAGAGGAAUGUACGAUGGACCUGUGUAUGAAAUCCCAGCUACGCCAAAAUACGCAACUCCUGCGCCAUCAACUAAAUCCUCCCCUGCCAAAAACCAGCCCCGACCAAUCAGAAACCUCCAUCAGUCCAAUUUCAGCUUAUCAGGAGCUCAGACUGAUGACAACAACCCACGUCGUACUGGCCACCGCAUCGUGGCACCUCCCGGUGGGCGCUCUAAUAUUACCACUCUUGGCUGAAAAAUGAUGAUGGACAGAUACACAAGGAUGAAGGAUCAUGGGAAUCAUGUCCAUUCCCUUCAAUAUCUGUGUUAUUGAGCCCACAGUUUCAUUUGGUACUAACGGAAAUAAAAACCGAAAUGUCUUUAUUUGUUU